AUGACAGCAGCACGUCAAACAGCAAUUCGCAUCCCUUCCAAGGUCUGGAGAGCAGCUGCAUCCCAGCAUCAAGAAAAGAUAGUCAGCAUCCUGAAGCCAGGGCUAACACCAUUGGAUCAUCCACUUAACGUGGGCAUGCGAAGACAGUAUAAAAAGGAGAACAACAAGGAAUGGGUAACGGCACUGGAUCCAAAGAAUCCAGUCUACAAUUUUUUGAUCGAAUAUUAUGGACUCAAGGGAGCCAAAGGUGUCCGGAAGUUAUGCCGAUGGUCUCCAAGCCCGGGGCUUUUAAUGCAUUGUCAGUCUAAUCACAUUGAAACUGUUGAUCAACUGCAUACACUUUCGGCGGCAUAUACACAAGAAACGAUCACAGACGUAUCAACCAUGUGCGAUAGUGUAUUACUUGAAGGAGCUGAUGAAAACGAUUUCGGAUCCACGAUACACUUGCGGGGGGCUACCGUGGUGGAUGGAGAGGGAGUUAUGUACAGUCCAGCAACAUUCUACGGUAAGGGGGAUCCGUCACAAAGGGAAGAUAGUAUUCGAUUGUCAUCACCUUUCCUUUGGUACCAAUCGAUUCUGCAACAGACACUGACAGCAGACCCAAUUCUUCACUGUUAUGGGCUCCAUGAAUGGGCCAUGCAAUAUCAGCCGGAAGGCGCACCAAUUCCUCCCAGUGGCCAGUACCAGGCCCACCUUCCUUUGAGAGUUUCCCGAGAAGUGAUCAAUGAGACAGUCGAGCGUAAAGGUGUAUCUUGUACACAUGUCGAUGCCCUUCGAUUCUUUGCACAAGACGCUUUACCGCUGAACAAAUUUGGAGGCUCACUAAAGCGUGACGAUCAAGUAAAGUUGGAGCAGCCAGCCUGCGUUCAUGCCCAUAUGGACUUGCUCAAAGUUGCCCUCAAGCUGACACCAUUUGGCGAUGCACAACUGCUGCAAUCCGUUUUGGAGAUGGCCCUCGAGGCUCGCAAGCUGGAUGUUGCAGCCAGUCCCUACGAUGCAUCUGCGUAUGGAGUAGGGGUAAUCCCCAUUGAUACACCGGAAGGGAGGGGCCAAUACCGGGAGGAUCAAAUGAAACUCAUGAAACGCGUCGAGCCGGUUCGAAAAAGUCUUCUGCGAGCUUAUAGUAACUUGCUGCAGAUAGCCUUUGACGAUUCUAUACUAGAGCUUGGAAAGACCAGGCUUCCGUCCAAGUCUCAGCAAGAACAGGUAACAUGA